AUGUUGCAGCAUCACCAGCAGCAGGCUCAGGUGCCACAAUCGAGUGGCUACUACGACUACAAUCAGUCCCCAAGUCCGGGAAGCUUGACAAAUGCGGAUGCCCUGAACUCCACACCGUUCUCAGUCAAGGAUAUACUGAAUAUGGUUAAUCAGACGGAGGCCUACGAAGGUGCUUACGGACAUCUCGAUAGCGCAACGGCUGCCUCGGCGCUCUAUGGCGCCGGCGAGUAUCAACAGCAUCUUCACCAGCAUCCACAUCCGCAUCCGCAUCAGUAUCACAGCCACCAUCAGCAGCAGCAUCACCAGCAGCAGGAAACUGAUGCAUCGCAGCAGCUCCUGCAUCCACAGCACUUGGACGAUGGCACCAAUAACUCCUCGUCCCUAUCGCCGCUCCUGCCGCCCCCGCCCCACCAGCUGUAUGGCAGUUAUCAGGACUAUGGAAUGCCCGCUCACAUGUUCCAGCACCACCAUGGCCAUCCACACCAGAGCUUCCAGCACUCGGCGUCGGCCUACAACAUGUCCGCCUCCCAGUUUUAUGCCGGAGCCUCGGCAACGGCGUACCAAAGUCCCGCCACCUAUAAUUACAAUUAUGCCGGAACGGGUGAUGUUUACGGUGGAGCCACACCCUCCACGGUGGCCAUCAAAAGCGAGUAUAUUCCCACGCCAUAUGUGACACCAUCGCCCACUCUGGACCUCAAUAGCUCGGCGGAGGUGGAGAGCCUUCAGGCGCCGGCGCAGAAGCUGGGCGGGAAUGCCAGCGGCAUCCAGCGACUUAUGGAGACGGUCAGCAAUUCGGCGUCGCUAAGGAAUAUCCACAAUGCGGAUGAAGGUGCCAAGAGAAAGGACAACAGUCAGGUGACCUCCUCGCGAUCUGAGCUGCGCAAGAACAGUGCAAAUGGCAGCAGUAAUCAUGGCUCCUCCGGCAAUCAUGGAUCCUCGAAGCCACGAAUGAAACGCAAGCCCCGAGUGCUCUUUUCGCAGGCUCAGGUCCUGGAGCUAGAGUGCCGUUUCAGGCUGAAAAAGUAUCUGACGGGUGCGGAGCGUGAAAUCAUUGCCCAGAAGCUGAAUCUUUCAGCUACGCAGGUGAAGAUUUGGUUCCAGAAUCGCCGCUACAAGUCCAAGCGUGGGGACAUCGACUGCGAGGGCAUUGCCAAACAUCUGAAGCUGAAAUCGGAGCCAUUGCACUCGCCAACAUCGUUGCCACCUCCAAUUCCCAAUCAUGUAAUGUGGCCACCAACCAUGCAACAAGCCCAGCAUCAGCAACAGCAGCAGUCUCAGCAUCAUCAGAUGCAGCACAUGCAAUAG